AUGCCUCAUCCCCGGAUCCCGGGCUUCGCUGCUCUUAAGCGGGCCAACAAACUUAACGACCAAGAGGCCCGACCGGAGAUACAAGAGAAAGGCAUUAGCCUGGUUGAAAGCCUGAGCCUCCGAGGCGUUACCACAGAGAAGACAUCUGGCUUGAGAAUUGUCAACAAUUCUCCUGGAGGUGGACGCCAGGAGAAUGUUGUGGCCAAGGUUCCCGGCCUGGAGGGCACCUAUGCUGCCGUAAUCGACAACCAAGACAGCCUCCUGGAGGCAUACAGGAUGAUUACCCGGGGACGACUGAGUGUGAUAUUUGCUGUGCCCCCGAACGGCUCGGGGGCCAGCAUGACCACCGCGGAAAUCCCCUGGAGUGUGCUUAAAGCCUCAGAGGAAGCUGCCCCUUCACAGACGGAGGAGAAGGAGAAAGACGACGAAGAGGACUCUGCGACAAUUGUUGCAGAUGACGAGACAGUCAUCGGCGGCGACGAGAGCACCGGAAAGGUUGCGAAGAAGGCAAAAAACGAGGCCUCUCCCCAGACAACUACCGCCAACCAUGACAACCAGCCAGAGAACGACGCGGAUGUUCCCUAUCCAGACUUGGCUGGUCUAGUUAUCUGA